CAAUCAAUUUUCUUUUUCAUCUGAAGUAUCUCAGGUAUAUUACGGCAUCAUGCAUCUAGCAGACCGAAAGAAUCCUCAAAUAACCGUUUUGGUUGACUGUGAGGGCUUGUCUCCUUUCAGACUUCCUAUGCAGAUGUUAAAAACAUGUUCUACUCUUCUGCAAACCCACUUUCCAAAUUCCCUUGGAUGCUUAUUCGUUAUAAGGCUUCCAUCUAUUAUUCGAGUUGUUGCCCAAACUUUUGUGCAGGUUUUAAAACCCAUCACCCGGCAAAAACUGAGAUUUUUAGGAGAGAAUUACAAGAAGGUUCUUUCUGAGUGUGUAGAGGCACUCCCGCCAUAUCUCGGCGGGUCCUGCACAUGCUCAAGAUGUGACAUUGGCCAUACGCACACUGAAGAGGAGAUGCCCAAGUCCGAAUCAGAUUUGAACCGCGAAGAAGAUCUCGCGCCAUCUCUUUCGGGCGAAAGGAUGGAUGUAUCACAUGGUGAUGCUAACUCUGAUCAGGUACUCAGUAUGGCCCUACUGGGUUUCCUUGUUUUUGCAGUAUUAUUAUAUGCCUAUAUUUCUGGAGUUUAUGGUCCACAAACCGGCCGUGUUGUACCUCCUUGAGGCAAUCUUGUACAUAGUUACUCUCAGUGGAUAUCAAUUUCUGCUAAAGAUUGCUAGGUGUGCUUGUGUGUGAAAUCUUUGCCCCCUCCCCCCCCCCACCCCACCCCAAGAAAUGAAGCAGCAAAGGUCAUUGUAAUAGUCCUCUAAGAAAUGAAGCCAAUUGUUGGAAUAAAUUAAGCUUACAGUAUUAG